AUGAUAACGAAUGAAACCACAGAGGAACGCCCUCUUUUCCGAUGGGGAGAGACGAGUCGAGUGACUGUCGACGAAAAGGUGAAUCGGUACACACCCGUGCGCAACGAGCUCACGUCUUUGGUCGAAAGAACGAAUUUGUUUACGCUCGGUCGACCUCAUGCCGAAACAAGGCGAUCACCCCAAGCCACCACUAUACCAGGUACCGCGAAUCGAGGAACCACAAAGGAGGACGUUCGAAAGUCAACGAUUGAUUUAAGAGAACCUACUGAUUACAAGCACAGGUGGCUGGAAACCAAUUGCACACUUACGGUACAAUGA